UAACUUCUUCUUCUUCUUUUUUUUCCCUUUUUUAAAAACUAGUGUUAGUGGACGCCUGUUGUCUUUCGAGAGGUUUCGCGAGCAUCAAAGGUUCCGAAAUAGAUCUGAUAGGCUGUUGGAGGAAACAGAAGGGUGAAUGGCGCCGAGGACCGCUGCGGUGAGGCUGAGUAAAGUGGCUGAGAGAGGACUUGCUUGAGCAUCCGGGAGGCUUUGUUGUUACCCCGACAUAUUGCACAGCUUCCAAGUUGCUGGGUCAUUGUCGGCUGGUGCUUCCUCCUCCUCGCUCCUUUUCCUCCCCUCCUUCCAUUCUCCUGGCCACCCGUCCGUCAUGUCGCAGGGCCAGAACUUCCUCCCCAAAUUCCUGUUUGUCUCCAACCUGCUGAAGGCGGUGAAGAUCCGCCAGCGAGUGCCCAAUGACGUGGUCAAGCCUUCCACCAGCGGCGGCCUCAUGCAUCACCUGCGGGGGAUGCACCGCUACACGCUAGAGAUGAUCGCCAUGAACCACUUCCCCCAGGCCUUCAGGGAGGUCGUUCAAGCCGCCAUCUUGGACCGAGCCAUGCAGGCCUCGUUGGAGCAGGAGAAGAAGCUCAACUGGUGUCGGGAGUUGAAGAAGAUGGUGCCUUUACGGACUAACGGAGAUGGUAACUGUUUGCUUCAUGCAGCCUCCCAGUACAUGCUGGGUGUUCAGGACACAGACCUGGUGCUAAGGAAAACCCUCCACAGCGUCCUCAAGGAGACGGACACCGGAGUAUUCAAGGCUCGAUUCCAAGCGGAGCUGCUGCAGUCCCAGGAAUUCACCCAAACGGGGCUCCGGUACACCACCAUGAACUGGGAAGAGGAAUGGGAGAAGAUUGUAAAAAUGGCGUCUCCGGUCUCAAGCAGCAACGGCCUCCAGUUCGACUCUCUGGAGGACAUUCACAUCUUCAUCCUGUCCAACAUUCUCCGCAGGCCCAUCGUCGUCAUUGCAGAUCAGGUGGUCAGGAGUAUGAAAUCCGGCUCCUCCAUCUCUCCCCUGAAUGUAGGCGGGAUCUACUUGCCUCUGCAAUGGCCGCCCACGGAGUGCUACAAAUACCCCAUAGUGCUCGGCUACGACUCCCAGCACUUUGCGCCUCUUAUCACCAUCAAAGACAGUGGGCCAGAGAUUCGAGCAGUGCCGCUGAUCAACCCAAGAAGAGGAGGCUUUGAUGAGCUGAAGGUUCACUUCUUGAUGGAGAAGGAGCAGCCGCAGAAGGAGAGGCUUCUCAAUGACUACCUCCACUUGAUGGAGAUUCCCGUCAUCGGCCUUGGACACGAUGUCACUUGGAUCAUGAAAGCUGCCAGGCUGGAUGAGGGGAACCUUCCGGAGGACAUGAACCUGAUGGAGGACUACCUGCAGCUCGUCAACCACGAGUAUCAGCGCUGGCAGGAAGACAAGGAGCAGGCGUGGGCCGCCCAGCCACAGCGCCCACCCCCCUUCUCCGUAUCCCAGCUUUCCCUCAUCGAGAUCCGCUGCGCCACGCCGCGGUGCACCUUCUACGUCUCCGUGGACACGCAGCCUCAUUGCCACGAAUGUUUUGAGAAGCGCCAGGCCACCACCGGCGGCGGCGGAGGAGGAGCGAGGAUAGAGGGGGUGGUCCAGACCAAAGGUGUGCAGGGUGGAGUACUGGGGGCCUCGGAGGCCGAGGUGAGCUCCAGAGGAGCCAGAAGCAGCAGUCCCCUUUGCGCCUCUUCUGGGCGAGGUGUGGUGCUGUCCAGCCCCCGCUCGGCUCCGCCCACUGCCCCCAGCCUCAGUCUAUACAGCGAAACUCACGCCAUGAAGUGCAAGACGCCUGGAUGCCUGUUCACUCUCAGUGUGGAGCACGACGGACUCUGCGAGCGCUGCUUCAACUCCAGACAGAACCACGGACCCCCCGCAGCUGGAACAGCCGCCACAGGACUCCCGGGCCCCAAUGGGGGACCUGUCAUUUCCCACCCGGCCCAGGGUUCCGGUUGGACCCAGUGGGAGACAGAGACCGAGAGAUGCAACAUGUGCAGACAGGAGGCGUUCAGGAUAUUCAACGGCCUGUGUCCACUCUGCAUGCAGAGGCAGCAAGCUCCAGAGAGGGGUGAGCCGCAGCAGAGCAACCCCAGGACUGAGGCCUCGUCCUCCGCUUGGAGUCAGGCCAGAGACGCUGAGCGACCGUGCCUCACCCUAACGCCCGGACACACGCCUGGCUGGCAGGCCCCUCUUGCCAAGCUUUGUAAAAGAUCGGGCUGCCAGUUUUUUGGUACACCGGAAAAAUUGGGUUUCUGCACUAUUUGCUAUGUAGACUAUCAGACCAACCACCACCUGACUCCGCCCCCGGCACCGGUCCAGAGCCGGCACGGGUUGGACACGGGUUUCCAGAAUGUUACGCGGUGUCGCGGGCCUGGAUGUGGAGCGGUCGGCAAAGCAAUGCUGGAGGGCUUCUGUGACAAGUGCUACGUCAAAGAGCAGAGUGCACGGCUCAACCAGGUGGCUCAUCGCACACAACACUCCCCUCCCCUAGUCAUGCGUGACCGAGCAGCCAAGCCCCGAUCUUCACAGCAAUCCCAGACCCAGACCCAGUGCCGGCGGAGCGGCUGCAGCAACGUGUCGCCGGGCUGCACGGACCUCUGCCCGGAGUGCCACACUCGGGGCCAAGGCAGGGAGGCGGGAAGGCGGGCGCAGGCGCCCAAAGAGAAGUCGAAGCAGCGGUGCCGGACACAGGGCUGCGACCACUACGCCAACCAAGAGAAACAGGGCUACUGCAACGAGUGCGACCACUUCAAACAGAUCUACCGCGGCUGACCGCGCUGAAAAGUGACGAUGAAAACCCCCAUUGCUAGAGCCAACGCCCUGCUGCGGGCUCCUCAUGCCUAUCAAUGCACUUCUGAUACUAACUAACCAACUAACUAACUAGCUAGUGAGUAACUAGUAACCUUAUGGCCUGAAAAUUAACCCCCCCGUGUAGAAUGUGAAGCGAGAGUGUGUGUACAUGGGGGGGAGGUGACGAGUGUGUUUGUGUGUUUGUUCGUCUGCAGUAGACAUGGCCUCCAGAAUACCUCUCUGUGCAAUUAUGAUCAUCUCGAUUCGCUGUGUUUUUCUCACACGGUAAGAGGUUUGGCGACAUGUCAGAGCAACCCUUGUGUACAAUAUGUAUCUAGAGGUACGUAGCGAAUCGUGCCGGACAAAAUGAUUGUAUGUUGACAUGACAUCUGACAUUGCUUUCUAGACCACAGCCAAGGAUUUAUACCCCGUGUAUGUCUUUCUGUCCGUAUGAUUAUUUUUAGUUUCUUGUCUACCUGUCUGGCUCCGUGGACUGCAGGCGUUGGGUAAUCCCAGAAAGUUAAAAUUCAACUUUUUUUUUUUUUUCCUUUCAAAAUGGGAACAAACUAUUGGCGGUGGGAAACAGACCAGGGCGGGACCCUGCUAGUUUUGGUGCUACAUGUACAGGAACUCUCCACUGUAGCCAACAUGCUGGCGGUGUCAGCACCCAGACGGCAGUGAAUGCAGAAGAGAAGGCUUUCUAUUCCUCCUUUAACACCUGAGGCGUCGCCGCUGACGCUUGAACGCAAAAUGUUUAGCGUACUGUAAUUUUUCAACCGUUAACCUAUAAUUCCAGCAGAUUCUAAAGGAGAUGCUUUCAAUUACAUAUUUUUUUAUUUACUGUUUGCUGUAAAACCAUAACAGAUCCACUUCAUUACACAUGUUUAGAAUAAUUCA